UAUUAACCCCAAUGAUGCUGAGAAUGUCGUGGAUGAAGAUGAAGAUGGUGAUGAUGAUGGGAGCGAGACGAAGAGAACAAGAAAGAGAAGGACCCGAAAGGAAUGCGGGCGUUUAAGUUUGCUUUAGUUGAGGUUGUAAAAGAUCUUUUAAAACCAGCUUGGAAAGAAGGUAAGCUUAACAAAGAUGGUUACAAAAACAUAGUGAAGAAGGUAGCUGAGAAAGUGACUGGUACAAUGCAAAGUGGAAACGUUCCUCAAACACAGGAGAAGAUUGACCAUUAUCUAUCCGCUUCGAAACCAAAGCUUACCAAGCUCGUUCAGGCAUACGUCGGCAAAAUCAAGAAGACCUAAUAUGAAUUGUACUCCCAUGUUGUCUUAAUACAAUUCCGUAUCUUUCCAUCAUCAUAAAGCUUGAGAGCUGCAGUGGAAAGUGUUUGUUAAUCUUUGGAGGAAGAUUAGAAGAGCAGGUGAUGCUUUGUUGUCCCCAUUAGAGAGAUUUUGUCCCAAUUCUUUUUUCUUCUUUAUCGACAUAAUGUGAGAUGGUCCAAGUCUGAUAAUAGACCAAAAUUGCGUUUUAUGUCCUUUGUUUUCUUAUAUAGAAACUUAGAACCAAUUUCGGUGAUCUCUUUGUGACUAUAUAUGUUGAAUUUGUCUUUUAGCC